AUGGACUACACUUUGGCCCUCCUGUUUUCUCUGCUGCACAUUUUUAGUGUGGGUACAGCUGCUCCUCUUCCAGUGGAAGUAGUGAAGAUGAAAUCAAAAGUGAAAUGGAUGGCCGAACAGCUUGUGGCCAGGCUGAACAAGGACUUUGAGGUCCCUGAUGGUCUGGCACUCAGUGCAUCUGCUGAUGAACUGAAUGGACCUUCCUCAAUAGUGGUGGUCUUGGAGGGUUAUAACAGCCUGAUCUCUGACACCCUCAGUGGGGUCUCCCAGGUCAAAUUUGACAUCUCUUCACUGACGGGUUACAUCAAUCAGUGGAGGCAAAGCCACUGCAGUGAGCAGCGGCCAAAGCCUUCAGUGUCUGGGCCGCUGCAAGAGCUACAGAGCCGAAAGGAGUUCAUUCACACCGUGAGCAUCGAGGCUCUCAUGAGACUGAAGGAGUUCCUCAAUCUGCUGCUGAAAAAUCUGGAUCAUCUUGAGACUUGCUAAAAGACAGACAUUGGGACUAAUAUUUGUGAGUGGCUUGCCUUCGUUUUGAAAAAUCCCAUCCCAAAAAAACAGUAAGUCUGCAUCAGUGAUGUUGACUUCCCAACUUGCCAUGUCAAAAUUUUGUUUUGAAGGAAAUGUAUUCUUGAACAUGCACUUAUUUAUAUACAUAUGUAUUUAUAUACUUUGUAAAAAUAUUUUGUAACAUUGUCUCCUUAUCCGGCUACACGGUGGUGUAGUGGUUAGCACUCUCGCCUCACAGUAAGAGGCUCCUUAUCAGGAUAAUUGCAGAAAAAGUGUAGUUUCUGCAGGAUUGUUUUUAUGCAAACCGAUCUUGGCACACAAGAGAUAAAUCAUAGGUAGGUUUGAGCUAUGACACCACUGUUGUAUCAACAAAGAGCUUGAAGUUAAAAAUAUGGAUUAUAUAUUAAUUCAGUCAUGAAGCUGAAUCAGCUGUGUAAGGGCUGGCUGCAGACAGAGAAAAUGUCAUGAUGAGUAGUGAUAUCAUCAUUGGAAAUUCCUGAAAACAGGAUGAAAGUUUCCAAGAAUAACAAGUGUGUUUGUAUAAU